ACGCAGAGCCGGCGUGACGUCAGAGGGUGAUUAACAUACCGGGCAGUAUUUAUUGAAUGAAUGCGCCGUUCAUCCUUACUCUGUUCCUGCGGCUUUGAGAGACUCGUUCGGUGUUGUUCUUGUGCAUACAAGCUUGUGCCUUUUGCAAUCAUGUCUGACAAACCCGACAUCACUGAGGUCACAACCUUUGACAAAACCAAGCUGAAGAAGACUGAGACCCAAGAAAAGAACACACUGCCAACCAAAGAGACCAUUGAACAGGAAAAGGAAAAGACGGAGUCCUAGUGAAGACCAUUCUGUGCUGCACAUUCCACAAGCUUCGCUGACUUGAGCCACAUGCAUUUUUGUUUCUGCCAUAGCAAUGGCUACAGGCUCCACCAGAUGGUCUUUAAAAGCAAGUGGCUUCCCCUUUGUCGUGGGGUCCAAGUCAUCAGAAUCCCUGCUGUGGAAUGAAGGCAUGAUGGACUUGCACUCGUACUUGUUGGCCUACUCUGGCCAGUUUGAAAUAUUCACUAAGCAAGGUGUUUCUUGUAAACCUGGAAUGCACAAGUUUCAAUAUGUACAAUAAAACAAA